CAGCGAGAUGAAGAAGUCUCCUCCACCUUCUGAUCCUUUAGCGGAUAUUCAGGGAAAGGGUGUUGCUUUGGGCGAGAAGAGCAGCAAACUUCAUGCGCAGAAGACCAUAACUUCCAGUAAAUCUUCUAAGAAUCAGAAUCUUCAGGAAGGUCAGGAACAGGAAGGAGAACAGAAACAUUCAGCACAGGAAAAGAUAACUGAAGCCGAGACAUCUGCCUUGGAGUCUGAGUCGGAAACAACCAAGAAGAGUGACCCCAACAAUCGUCCCGAUGACGAACUUGUCUUCUACAACGCCAGCAGCUACUUCCAAGCUGGUGACCGUUUUAUCCAGUUUGGAGACCGAUUCAGGCUUGGGGAGGCGAAUCCUGGUACCGCUAUUGCCAACUGUGGCCCCAUUGCUUCGCGCACAUCCCCUUGUAGUCGUGCAGUACUAGAAUAUCGCGCUCUAGAUGGCUUCGUGCGAACGUUGGACAUUUUUCAAGCGGACGGAACGACCUUCCCGAGCAGUGUAGCGGGUGGCGCGGGCGGUGAAGGAGGGAUAGUUAAGCACGAAGAAGACAUUACUUGAACUUGUACUUGUGGUCUCUGCGUCUAUUGCUACACAUACUUACCAUUUUUGUAGUCGCUUCUUGAGCAUCUUGAUGAACAUUUUUAGCUUGUUUUUGAGAACCAGAACUACCUUUAUGCACUUGUACGGUGGAAAGGUUUUCGUCCUCAUCCUCGCAUCUCUAAUCGAAAUGGCGGAUUCGGCCUGUGGGAACGAGGUACUCUACCGGAAAAACCUAU